AUGGCGGUGGUUCUUAGUGGAGACGCCAGGGCGGUGGGCGGGAUCGAGGAGAAGUACGUGCUAGAUCGCGAGCUCUGUCGCAGGGAGUUUGGAGUCACCUACCUCUGCCUGGACCACUUCAUCGGGGAACUGCUCGCCUGCAAGUCGAUCUCGAAGAGGAAGCUGCGGACGACGGUUAACGUGGAGGACGUGCGGCGGGAGGUUGCGAUAAUGCGGCACCUGCCGAGGAACUCCAACAUCGUGAACCUGUGGGAGGCGUGCGAGGACGACGGAGUCGUGCAUUUGGUCAUGGAGCUGUGUGAGGGCGGGGAGCUCUUUGACCGCAUUGUGGCGAGGGGCCACUACUCAGAGCGCGCGGCAGCUGUGGUCAUAAAGACCAUUGUUGAGGAUGUCUUCAUGAUCUGUGAGUUCCUUCCUCAGUUCCUUGUGUUGGAAUUGGCAGCAACUUGGGCGGAGAAGGGAGUAUGUCUUCUCCUGCUCCUCCCUUCUGAGAUGGACUGCGAAGCCCUGCAUAAUGGACAUUGA